UCCCAUCACUGUAAAAUCUCCGCCCUGCAAUUCUUCGUCGCCAAAAAAUGCCGGCAGGAGAACUCCGGUACCCUUCCCCGGUCUCUUGUCCGCAGGUUCCUCAAGCGACGGAAACACCCAUGGAAGAAGACGAGGCGUGGGUGUGGGCUCAGAUAAAAGCCGAGGCACGCCGCGACGCCGAGUUGGAGCCGGCUCUAGCUAGCUACCUCUACUCGACGAUCCUCUCUCACUCCUCUCUGGAGCGAUCGCUCUCCUUCCAUCUCGGAAACAAGCUAUGCUCCUCCACGCUCCUGUCUACGCUCCUGUACGACCUUUUCCUCAACACUUUCUCCUCCGAUCCUUCGCUUCGAGCCGCCGCCGUCGCCGAUCUCCGUGCGGCUCGCGUUAGGGAUCCUGCUUGCGUUUCGUUCUCUCAUUGCCUACUCAAUUACAAAGGAUUCUUGGCAUGCCAGGCUCACCGAGUUGCGCACAAGCUGUGGGCUCAGUCACGCAGGCCGCUAGCCUUGGCAUUACACUCUCGAAUCUCCGAUGUUUUCGCCGUUGAUAUACAUCCUGCUGCAAAGAUCGGGAAAGGGAUUUUGUUCGAUCAUGCCACCGGUGUGGUGAUAGGAGAAACAGCGGUUGUUGGCAACAAUGUGUCAAUUUUGCAUCAUGUUACCCUCGGUGGGACUGGGAAGGCCUGUGGGGAUAGGCAUCCGAAGAUCGGGGAUGGAGUUUUGAUCGGGGCCAGUGCAACCAUAUUAGGGAAUGUGAAGAUUGGGGAGGGAGCAAAGAUUGGGGCAGGGUCAGUGGUGCUGAUCGAUGUGCCACCACGGACCACAGCUGUAGGAAACCCCGCAAGGCUUGUCGGAGGGAAGGAGAAACCGUCGAGGCAUGAAGAAUGCCCCGGAGAAUCCAUGGACCACACUUCAUUCAUCUCCGAAUGGUCAGAUUAUAUCAUUUGAAUAAUUCGAUCUAGUUUUGUUUGUUGUUAGUAUACUUCAAAGUUGUUCUGUUUUCGCAUGCUAUGGCAUUGAAAAUUGCAGUCUGUUCUCUCAUAUACUUGGCUCUAUUUUACUCGGACCCCGGGAUUUAAGUGUCGGAUACGGGUAUAUUCAGCAUUUUCUUAGUAUUUUCUUGUAGUUCUAUACUCAUGAUGCAGAAUUAUAUCGAAUAAAGGUGUUAGACAUAGAUGAUUGCAAUUGAAAUACAAGUUGUAUUAGCUGGA